AUGUUUAAUGAAAUUGAGGCCUACAUACAACAGCAAUAUCAACAAAUGAUGAUUCUGACUUUAGCGAACAAUGACUCUAGCAAUGAUAACUCAAGUGAAGGCAAGUUCAGCAAAUGGCGACUUCAAACAAAUAAUAGCAAAAUAUCUAGCCCUAUAAAAAAAAAACCGAAAGGACUAUCAGUUCUAAUAUCAGUUAUUAUUAACUUAUUGUUAUAG